AUGGGCAACAGGUGGAGUCCAGACAUGAGCUUGCAGGCUUGGAGAGAAACUCCUAGCCGGGGUGCCAGUGAAGCCUUCAAGGUUGGGGAUCCCCAGGAUGGCUGCUAUGGGGAGGCUAUGGGGCCUCUGCUGCAGAGACUUCUGGCUGCCGUGCAGAAGAAGCCUUGUGGGCUGGAGAGGGCACGGCGGCUGGGGGUGGUGGCGGGGGCGGGACGGGGCGGGGCGGCGUCCCCUCCGCUUGGCCUCGGGCUCGGCUUCGGGGGCGGUGCCGCGCGCGCGGGCUGUGUGGCGCUUGGGGAGCCACGGGGCGCGCAGCUUUCCUGGUGUGUCACCAGCACGUGGAGCCCGCCCCGCCGCGCCGGCGACCGAGCACAACUCCCCCAACUUUCGAGGGGUCGUGCUCGCCGCGCUCGCGCUCCUCGGGAGGGCGCCCCGGGGCUCCGGGCCCCAACAGGCUGCGUGAGGCUCGGCCGGGCAGGCGCGCUCCGUGCGCCCUGGACGUCGGGGCCCGGCGCUCCGGCCUGCAGCUGCUGCUGCUGCUGCCCACCCGCGGCGGGGCAGCCGGGAAGACGCGGCUCGGCCCGGCCUGGCGCCCUGGGAGCGGAGCGCAGAUCUCAUUCAUCAAAUCCUGUGAGCUGCCCUCAGUUCAGAGGCAGCUGUGACCUUCCCCACUGUCUGCUCUUCAUGUGCUUGGAUACACGACAGCCCACCUGGGCUGCCACCAGAUGGAAUGAAAUGACACAAGACACAGUUACUUUCUUCCAGUGAAUGAAGCAAGCCAACCAAACUUCCCCUGGAUGCUUCUAGACUUCAAGGACACACUGAGCAGCUGAAGUAUGUAGGACUUAUUUGGAUGGAAAUUUAAUCUGUUAAGACAUGAUUCUGUGGCAACUGGAAAUCUACUCCUGGACUGAA